AUGAACGAAAGAACGAAUCUUUUGAACGGUUCAGUCAACCAAACUGAACUGUACGAACCAGUUCACCAAACUGAACUGGAUUGCCCAGUCGUGAUGGACGGUGCCGGUAAUGGGAGUACGGGGACAGCGGGACCUCCUGCGAAACGCGCUCGGCGGCCGAAUUUUACUGAACGGGAAAUUGAAGCCCUGGUAGCGGGGUAUCAAGUGAACAAAACUAUCAUCGAUGCCACCGGUGAUGGCCCACAAGGAUCCCUUGCGAAGAGCAAGGCAUGGGAAGGGAUAACCGAGAGCGUCUUCGCUGUGUCAGGAAUCAAACGGACGACGGCAGAGGUUAAAAAAAAGUGGACGGACUACAAAAGCGCCAACAAGAAAAAAGGGGCAAGCGUUAUUCGCAGUCUCGGAAGGACUGGAGGUGGUGCCGCCGACGUGCCGCCCCUUACACCACUUGAGGAACGAGUGGUUGGCACUUUGGACGCGAGCACAGUUGCCGGCAUCGACGGUAGCUUCGACAUUGGGGUAGGAGGACCUAACGUCGUACUCGACUACGACGGCGUGCAGCGCAGGGGCUCCACCUCUUCUACUACUGCAUCAGUUUUGUCUGAGCCCGUUGAAGCACCUGAGGAAGAGGCAAGGGUGCACCAAACAGACACUGCUACGCCUUUGGCUGCACAUCACAAAGGUUAG